GAACAGCCCACCUGCAACCAGGGGAUAUUAGGAGAGCAGAGGAGCAGAUGCCUCACUUUUGUCCCCCAAACAGUCCAGGUGUAUAGAGGUGAGAUGAAAGGCCUCUGGCUGCUGCUGGUGCUUGUGGCUGCGGCCAAAGCUAAGAAGCUCUUCACUGGAGAUCAGGUUAUCAGGGUCAAUGUGCAGUCGGAGGAACAGAUCCGGCUCCUGCGGGCACUGGAGACUGAAGAGGAGUGGAAGGUAGACUUCUGGCUCCACCCAGUCUCCACUGAGCUCCCUGUAGACAUUCGAGUGCCCCACUCCAGUCUGAGCCCUGUGAAGGAGUACCUCGCUGCCCACAGCAUCCCCUUCACCAUCAUGACUGAAAACCUCCAGGAACUUCUUGACCAAGAAAAAGUUGAGAUGGAGGAGAACCAGAUGAAGGAGCGUAGCACCAGGAGCUUCAACUUCGGAGCCUAUCAUAGCCUGGACACAAUUUACAGCUGGAUGGACACUCUAGUGGCUCAGUACCCUAACCUGGUCACCAAGCAGGAUAUUGGGAGAUCCUAUGAGAACAGGCCCAUGUAUGUGCUCAAGUUCAGCACCGGUGGCUACAAACGCCCUGCUGUCUGGAUUGACACAGGUAUCCACGCCAGAGAAUGGGUGUCUCCGGCUACUGGAGUGUGGACAGCCAACAAGAUUGCCACGGAUUACGGUAGCGACGCAUCCCUCACUUCCCUUCUGAACACCAUGGAUAUUUACCUGCUGAUCCUGGCCAACCCUGAUGGCUAUGUUUACACCCACACCAGCGAUCGGAUGUGGCGUAAAACCCGUUCCCACAUCCCUGGCUAUACGUGCCGUGGAGUUGAUCCUAACAGGAACUGGGAUGCAGGCUUUGGUGGCCCCGGUGCCAGUAGCUACCCCUGCUCUGAGUCCUACCGCGGCCCCUCGGCUCACUCUGAGAUUGAGGUGAAGAACGUGGUGAACCUAAUCGAGAGCCACGGCAACUUCAAGGCCUUCAUCUCUGUCCACUCCUACUCCCAGCUGCUCAUGUACCCCUACGGCUACAUCUGUAGCAGCGUGCCUCAUCAGGCUGAACUGGAUUCUGUUGGCAGAGCAGCUGCGCAGAAACUGACUUCUCUCUAUGGCACCGCCUACAAGGUUGGGAGCAUCUGUACAAUCAUCUAUCAAGCCAGUGGGGGUAGCAUUGACUGGUCCUACAAUUUGGGAAUCAAAUACUCCUUUGCCUUUGAGCUGAGGGACACUGGCCGCUAUGGUUUUAUUCUGCCAGCUGAUCAGAUCAUCCCCACCGCCUCAGAGACAUGGCUGGCCCUGAAGCACAUCAUGGAGUAUGUCCGUGACCAUCCUUAUUGAGGGCUGAAUAAACCAUAGAUAGAGGAGAAACUUCAAAAUCAGAUGGCUCAGCUUUGAAUUUAAAGCUUCCUCCACUUACUGUAUCAUUCUGAGACCAAUAAAAUCCCAACAUACCCUGUUUGUCUGUC